AUGACUACUGACGAAGCUCCUAUCAAAUGGACUGGAUUUUGCAUAGAUGCUUCUGCUAUGCAGAGUCCUAUUAAUAUUAAUGGACCUUUUAGCUUUAUGAGCAUGGAUUUAGAUAUUAUUUUUAGAUAAAUUGAUAGCGGAUAGAGUUAUCUAUAAAACGUUAACAAUGAGCUUGUAAUAAAGGGAGACUUUGGUUAUAUAUCUUAAGAUUCUACCAUAUUUUCAAGCUAUGAAAUAGCCUUUAAAAGUCCUUCUGAGCAUUCAGUAGGAAACUCACAAACUUUCUUUCCUCUUGAAAUGCAAGUUAAAUUUGUAUCAGCAUCUCAAUCAAAACUAAAUAUGGCUUUCCUUUUCAGCUAUGGAGAAGAAAGUGACUUUCUCAAUAGACUUGGUUUUGGCAGAGGAGUUUUAAGAAAUCUAUAACAAAAUUAGAACUUUGAAAUACCUUAAGCGUUUAAUUUGUAGCAUGUUCUACCAUCUAAAAAUAAAUUCUUCAUAUACAAAGGUUCUGAUACUAUGCCUCCUUGCGAGCCUACUAUUUGGUUAAUAGGAUAUGAUACUUUGAAGCUUACUUAAGCUUAACUAAGUGACUUUCCUACAUCUCUAUCAUACCAGGGUCGUGACACAUAAAAAAAGAAACAGGAGAUUUUUAUAAACUUCAAUAUUGAGAAAGAAGAAGAAAAAAAAGAUGAAUAAGAACAGCAAGAAGAUUAGUUGGAAGAAUUGAAUUCAACUGACUAAAAUUUACAUGAUUAGUAUAAUCAGCAAUAAGUUAAUUUGCUAAAUAAAAUAAAAGACAGCUUUAUACUUUUAGGGGAUAGUACUAUUUAUGAUCCGUUUGUAUAUGGUCAUGAUUCAGAGCCUUCAGCUAAAUUUAUUAAGGACACAGAUUAUAUAGUUAUUUAGAAAGAAAAACCUGAUCUAAAUAAGAUGAAAGAAUAAGUAGAAAUUGAAGAGAUCAUCUUUGAAAAACUUAGAGAUGAUUAAAAAGCUAGAUAAGAUAAAAUUGAUGAAACUAAUAAUAAAUAAGAAUAUGUACCUGAUAAAAAUAAUGAAUAGAGCUAGCCAGAUAAAGAUGAAAAAGUAGAAAAGAAUGAAGAGUAAUCAUAAUAAUAAUCUACUAAUUCUGCUAUUUUAGUACAUAAAAAGACAGUAAAAGGUCGUUAAGACAAGAAAGAAACUGUAAAAGCUGCUAGUGAUAAUUAAACAAGUUAAAAAAAAGAAGAAGUUGUUGAAAAAAUAAAAUAAAAAAAUGAAGGACCAGAACAUUAUGCUUACAAUAAAGAUGGAGAAUGGGACUAAAUUCCUAUUUUUUCUAUAGAUUCUUGGCCAUAAUUAUGCUAAGAAGGAAAAUAGCAGAGUCCAAUAAAUAUCGAUCCUCAAUCUCUCAUGGUUUUAGAGGACGGAGAAAUUAAUGUAUACUACAACUAGCUUAACUAAGAUCCAUGGCUCUUCAAUGAUAACAUUAAACUAACUCUAGGAGGUUUGUUUGGUACCAUUGAGUUUUAAGAGCACCUUUACGAUGCUAACUUUAUUCACUUCCACUUCCCUUCUGAACACACAUUUGGUGCAGACAACAAAAGAGCUGAUAUAGAAUUCUAGAUUGAACAUGUAAGUUUAUAUGGAUAAAAGCUGAUAGUUAGUAUUUUGGGAGAUCUCUCAGAUACUCAAACUAACCCUUUCUUGGAAGCUAUGGGUAUUUCAGGACUUGAAUUUUCAAAAUUCUAAAAGAUAGAUGAAAAGGUUUAAUUAUAGCCUAGGUUGGUUUCAUUAGAUAUUUUGACAGAUUCGUUAGAAAGCUUUUAUAGAUACGAAGGAUCAUUUACUCAUCCUCCUUGCACAGAAGGUGUAACUUGGAUUAUAAGCAGAGAUCACGUAUAGAUAAAUAAAAUAUAGUUAGAUAAUUUAAGAUCGUUACUAGGUUUAAAACAUAAUGUUAGAGGAACUCACGAUAUUAAUGGAAGAGAAAUAUUUGUUAAAUGA